AUGAAAUUCGCCGAACAGAACUUGAAGCUGGCAGAGGGCGACGAGGAAAAGAUGGCGGAAGCAUUGUACUCUUUCGCAAUGGUAUUGUGUACUGAGUAUGACGGCUCGGGACGCCUAGCGGAUCUAGAUGACGCUAUCGCAAAACUGGAAGAAGCGGAGCUACUCUGUCACCCAGAAGUUGAUUUUAGGACCGCGAUUCUGGAAAACUUAUCGGAUGCCUUGCAUACGAAGUACGACAUCACCGGGGAUAUGGAAUGUUUGGAACGAUCAAUUGCAAGACUCCGAGAGAUUGUAAAACGCAUACCCGACGAUUACCCAGACCCAUUGUCACCUUACGCUCGUCUCGGAGGAUGUCUGUCAAGCAAGUACAGGAGAACCGGCCAUGAGGAGAGUCUUAUAGAGGCUGUCGCCCUAUGCAAACGGGUCGUGGAAGAGACCCCGCCACAGCACCAGAAGUACGAUACAUACUUGGGUGUACUGUCCACCGCGCUUGCCGAGAUGUACCAACUGAAAGGCGAUUCGUGCUACCUGAACGACGCGAUUGCGUACCUCAAUACCGCGGUUGAGACCAUGGAAAACUCAUCUAUAAGAGACGUCACAAGGAGUAACCUCGGCGACAAACUCUUGGAUCGGUAUGUGGCAACUGGAAACAUUGACGACUUGAAUUCGGGAAUCGAAAAUAUGAGAGCCUGCGAAAGUUCUCUUUCUCCACAAAACCCAGGCCGCGCAUCAGCACUACAGAUCUUGGGUAGACAACUUGGACUGCGCGCCGUAACGCACAGAGAUUUCGAUCAAACACUCCGCGACUUGUCAGAAGCCAAAACCUACCUUCGAGAAUCUGUGGAGUCCCCCUCUGGAAAACCGCUCAAUAGGGUCUAUAGUGCACGCCUCUUUAUGGAGGUGCCCUACAUCGAGCAGGAUCGCGAGAACGCGAAUGACGUCGCGACGAUAGCUUUGGACCUGCUACCCUAUGUCUGCGGACGCCAUCUCCAACGUGAAGACCAAGAAUAUGCAGUUAGUCAAAUACAAGGCCUCGCCGCCGAUGCGUGCUCCAUUUCGAUCCUACUUAACCGUCCUGAGGACGCUUUACAACGAGCCGAGUAUGGCCGCGGUCUUGUCCUUGGAAACCUCAUCGAUAGAAGAGAUGAUGUCGUCGAGGUUCGACGACAGUGCCCCUCGCUCGCAGACGAGUACGAGAGUCUCCGCAACAGAGCGUUCCAAAUCAUCGACUUCAGCGGCUCAAAGGACUGGGAACAGCAAGCACACGAUAGGAGACAAGCCUUCGAACAGCUCGCCACCUGCGAGGAGUCUAUCCGCAAGCUUCAUGGGCUUGAGGACUUCCUUAGGCCUGCCUCGACUGAGCGAUUGCAGCAGUGCGCCAGGGAUGGGCCCAUUGUCAUCGUCAAUGUCACACAUAUCUGCUCGGGUGCCGUCAUUGUGACAGAAUCGCGCCUAGAGAUUGUUCAUCUUCGGGAUAUGGAAUCUGAUAUGCAACAGUUUGUGAAAGAACUGCUUGAGAAAUAUCGAGCGACUGCGGUCAGCAGAGUCGGCGCCCAAAGAGACAUGAAACCAAUACCACGCGCCUCACCAAGCAUACAAAUGCUAGGAUGGCUUUGGCGCUGCUGCGUCCAUCCAGUAUUGAGCAGGCUGAGCGAUAUGGAACUGAUAUCGGCUUCAGGAGAGUCUCGUGUCUGGUGGAUCGGAUCAGGGGUGGCCAGCUCACUCCCCUUCCACGCCGCUGGAGAAUUUAGCCCGGACUUUCUCAAUGUGAGAAACCCGGGCCUACCCUCUUCUUGUUUGGACUGGAUCGUACCAUCUUAUACACCGACGAUCAAGGCAUUGGAACACUCACGAGCGCAUGCCAAUGCCUUGAAGCUUCCCGACAAACUUUCAGUCCUUGCCGUUUCGAUGCUCCAGACUCCGGGGCAGAUUGACCUACCAGGGGUUGGAAAGGAAAUCGAAGCAGUGAAGGCCAUUAAUGGUCAGAACUGCCAGAUGUCCAACCUCACGCUGCUCGAACAACCAACUGCACAACAGGUGUUGGAUGGCAUCCUACGGUCUCACAUCGUCCAUUUCGCUUGCCAUGGCAGUUCAGAUGCUGUGAAUCCAUCAGGGAGUCAUAUCAUUCUUCAGAAGCUAGACAACUCAGGCCGUGCGGUUGAAGAUAAGCUCACAGUUGCGUCGCUGCUCGACUCCAUAGCCAAGGAACGCGGUUGGAUCGUUUAUCUCUCGGCAUGCUCUACAGCACAAAUUAGAGCAACGGAAUUCGCUGAUGAAGGGAUUCAUCUCGCGAGUGCUUUCCAGGUGGCUGGGUUCGCCAACGCCAUCGGCUCUCUGUGGUCCGCCGAUGAUCAAACGUGUGUCGAUGUUGCCCGAUACUUCUACAAAGCGCUGUUUGAGGGAAUAAGCCAGUCACAAACUGUAAAGCCAGCCAUCGCUCUGCGGUCUGCUAUCAUAAAUGUUCGGUUCAAGGGAAGAGAACUACAACCUCCUGAUCUUUGGGCGCCUUUCAUCCACUACGGUGUAUAA